UGAAGCCGGCACAAUGUCCCCUUAAGCUAUCCCAAUGCCUUGUCUUGCUUAAGCAGGCCUCCUUUUUGAAAUGCUUCCUUUGAUACUUUUUCUAAUCUAUCUGCACUCACUUUAAAAAAUACCCUAACCUUAUUAAAGACCAUACCCACGUUCACCCUCUUUUAUUAUAAUUAUUAUCAUUUGCAAUGCUACGCCUUUCCAUGCAUUCCAGCCAUUGUCCCAUUUUUCGAACCUGACCAUGUUCACCCCCUAACCCUAAAUCUAGUCAACCUUUCUUGGCAAUGCCAAUACCUCUCUCUCUCUCUCUCUCUCUCUCUCUCUCUCUCUCUCUCUCUCUCUCUCUCCCCUGUACAUGUAUAUAAAUGUGCAACUGAUCUAAUCACCAUAUAGGCCCAGGCUCCAAGCUUUCAGGGUGUGAGGUUUGAUACACCAUGGGCGAGCUCCAAAUGGAUGCUAAAUGCAUUGCUACGGCCCACCCAAAGAAGGGUGGCAAUGGCUUCACGAGGAGGUGUGCAUCGUUGGUGAAGGAGCAACGGGCGAGGAUUUACAUCCUUCGACGUUGCGCAACCAUGCUACUAUGCUGGUACAUACAUGGAGACGACUAAGGAUGUGAUGAUGUAUUUUGCUCUUAUUUCUUUUCUCUCUUUUUUUUUUCUUUUUUUUUUUCUUUUUUGGGUCCCUGUGAUUUUUCUUGCUCAGUGUUUCUUUUUGGCGACCUUAGUUGGUGCUGUUGAAGUGGGGUGGGUCGUGUUUGUUCUCAUGGCGAGGGAUUGGCCCUUCUUUCUUUCUUCAUUUCUCUCUUUUUUUACCUGAUCGGCAAUGCUCGGUUAGGUUUAUCAACAUGAAGGAAGGGUUGUGGCUGCACCAUAGAUAUUUUACCCAACUGGUUUGGGGAAAAGAGACUGGUACAAGAACAAGUUGAGGUGUGUUUGGCGGGACUAAUGAUUGUAAAACGGCUCUAUAGUUUAUAUACUUUCUUUCUGUUUUUUUUUUUGGGUAUUUUUGACAUGGAGUAAGAAGUACCAAAUGCUUCAUGUUAUGAUACACAAACUUGUAACUUGGUAACUUAUGGUAUAAAUUGACUAUGUCU